UGACAACUUUACCACGGUCGAUUUUUAAAGGUGCAUUAAUGCUGUAUGUGAUGGAUGAUGAAAAAAAUUACCAAAUCUUGUUCUCAGAAAUCUCAGAAUGAUGUCUUCUUAAUUCAGAGUGUGAGAAAAUAGCAUCAAAACAUAUUUGGAAAAGUCAUGUUGUUUAUUCUGCCCUCUGCUGGUUAAAAUAUUGCUUAACUAUAAAGCAUUUUUUUUAGGUUGCUUUUAAAAACGAUCGUAAGCAGCCAGAAAUGUUUGAAGUCACAAUGUCAGGGAUGAAUUAAACCCAGGCUUACAUCAGGUUUCUUUACUGGACAGUAUGAAAAUACACCACGAUGACAAUCUCUUUUAAUUUAAUCACUUAUGUUGUAUUGUAUUGUGAUGUUUUUCUUAUUUGAAUCUUUUAGUUUGUGUAAACAGCAUCAAAUAAUUUCAAUAUCAAUAAAAGAUGAACGGAUUUGUGUAUGAUAACUGAUCGUGGUUGAAGGUCACGGUGCGUACGUUAUAUCAACUACAUUACCCAUCACGCCUAAGUGAGGAAGUAUCCAUCCAUGGCUUCUGGCGGUCGAUGCCGGCUCAGACCUCGCAAGGUCCGCCUGGAAACGGAGUGUGGGAUAAUAAUGUCGUGUCGCUCUGACAGUGGAAGUGGGGAGGACUCGUUGGACCGGCUACUGCCACCUGCAGGCGCUCCCCGUAGAAAGAGCACUACCUCGCUGAGUAAAACAGAGCCCCCCUUGCUCCGCACAGGCACUCGCACCAUCUACACCGCUGGCCGACCUCCCUGGUACGAUGAGCAUGGAGCGCAGUCCAAAGAGGCCUUUGUCAUCGGAUUGUGUGGAGGCAGCGCCUCAGGGAAGACGACCGUGGCCAAUAAAAUCAUUGAGGCUCUGGAUGUGCCCUGGGUGGUGCUGCUUUCUAUGGAUUCCUUCUACAAGGAUUUAUAUCCUGAGGAACAGGCCUUGGCCGCAAGUAAUGAUUACAACUUUGAUCAUCCGGGGGCCUUUGACUUUGAGCUGCUGGUCGCUACUCUGCGGAAGCUGAAGCAGGGAAAAAGUGUGAAGAUCCCUGUGUACGACUUCACCACGCACAGACGACAGAAAGACUGGAAGAACGUGUACGGUGCAAGUGUAAUCAUUUUUGAAGGAAUCAUGGCUUUUGCAGAUAAAGAUCUUCUUCAGCUCCUGGAUAUGAAAAUCUUUGUGGACACAGACUCGGACAUCCGGCUGGUCCGCCGCCUCCGUAGGGAUAUCACAGAGCGCAUGCGGGACAUCGAAGGUGUCAUCAAACAAUACAACAAGUUUGUGAAGCCAGCCUUUGAGCAGUACAUCGAGCCAACCAUGAGGCUGGCGGACAUAGUAGUGCCAAGAGGUGGUGGCAAUAUGGUGGCCAUCGAUCUGAUAGUCCAGCAUGUGCACAGUCAGCUGGAGGAGCGUGAGCUCAGUGUCAGGGCACUUCUGGCGUCCGCUCAGCAGACACAGCCACUUCCACAGACGCUCAGUGUGUUGGAGAGCACGCCCCAAGUCAGAGGCCUCCACACCAUCAUCAGGAAUAAAGAAACCAGCAGAGAUGAGUUCAUCUUCUACUCAAAGAGAUUGAUGCGCCUUCUUAUAGAACAUGCACUCACCUUUUUGCCAUCACAGCCUUGUAAGGUUCAGACCCCACAGGGCCACGAGUAUGAAGGCCACCGGUAUGGAGGUAAAGGGAUUACCGGUGUGUCCAUCCUGCGGGCAGGAGAGACCAUGGAGCCUGCCUUGAGGGCCGUGUGCAAGGACGUGCGUAUUGGCAAAAUCCUCAUCCAGACCAACCCGGACUCGAGAGAACCUGAGCUACAUUACCUGCGUCUGCCCAAAGACAUCAGUGAAGAUCAUGUCAUCUUAAUGGACAGCACUGUGUCGACUGGUGCAGCGGCCAUGAUGGCAGUGCGAGUCCUUCUGGACCACGAAGUGCAGGAGGAGAAAAUUCUGCUGGUGUCGCUGCUGAUGGCGGAGCUCGGGGUACACUCUGUGGCCUACGCCUUCCCAAAGGUUAAAAUCAUCACCACAGCUGUGGACAAGGGCCUUGACGACUGUUUACAUGUCAUCCCCGGCAUCGGGGACUUUGGGGACCGCUACUUCGGGACGGAUGGGUCUGACAGAUGGGGCGAUGAGGACGAUCAGGAACAGCCGUCAUACUGAUGUUGGAAACACACAAUUACUUGAAAACUUGUGUUAUGGUGUGUUCUCAUCUAACACUUCUGUACUUUUUUAGCGGGUGAGUUUUGGUCCAUUUAUAAGCACUUUGUUGAAUUAACAGCUGAAGAAUACUUUUACUGUGAUACGGUAUAUUAACUUGGCGAAAGCAGUGCCACUACUGUAUGCAAUAGCAAUGUUAUGUUUUAAAUGAUUUUAUUCAGGAUUUCACUGCACCAGCUUAUCAAUCAGUGGGUUAUUUGUGUAAAUGCACAAAAAUGUGCAUCAUUUGCUUAUUCUGGUUGCACAGUUAUAAAUAAGGGAAUACAAAAACACCUCAGAACAAAGAAGGAAAGUCAAGUUAGGAACACAAAAAGGGGCCAAAUUAUAUUGCAACAUUACAACUUAAGCCGGCUAAUAUAAUUUUCAGCAUUUACUCUUAUGAAACUGAGGUAUACAUAACAACUACACUUUUAUUUGCUCUUAUGUGAAAGGCAAAAGCCUCAUGCUUAUUAUAGCAAAAUAAAGUCCUGUAUCAUUCAAUGACUUUUAUCAUUUAAUUAGGUUUAAUUAGAUUGUACUUGGACAAAGGUAUUGUGGCAUACAAAAAUAAUGUACAGUACAAAUUAUAUUUUACUUUGAAAACACAAACAUGCUACAGUAAUAUUAGAACAUAAAGCCAGGGUAGCCUGGUGGAAAGAAUUAAU